CUGAAAAAGAAAGAAUUGAGCAAACGACUUCCUUCCUUCCUUUGCUGAUCCGUCCCACCAUCGCCGCGUUGGGCAACACUGAUCGACUCGCGUCCCCAUCACCUUCGACUCGACCGCCUUCUGAAAAUAUGUGGUCGUCUAGCCCGUUGAUACUGCUAUUCCUGUGCCACCGCCCAAAUAUGGGUUUGGGAAUAUGAGAAUGAAGGGUCGCCACCUACCUCUGUUCCACCCAAACACUACUCACCCGUCCCUCGUGUCGUCGAGCCUAGCCGUCGAGUCGAGAAUGAAGCGGAAUGAAAGCUUCACAACGCGGUCGCCGGGACGAGGAGGAAGAAGACUACUCGUCGCUCCUCCUUUUGCCGUAUGAAGGGUAUGAGGCGAAUUGGGAAGAAGGUGAACAGGUGAUGUGCGAUUCCCCCUUUCCGUCGCAGUGGCAAUUAGAUGAGCCUGUUGCUGCCGAUUGCCCGAAGAGGAUAGAACAAGCUGAAAACUCUCAGAGGGAAAUAAUCGUACAGAUUCAGGGCAAAAAGAUAAACCCUCACUUGGAAAUCUGCUUACCCUUCGAACCCUUCUCCCUUUCCAAGCUGCAGCUGCACCGCCACUCUCAGCUUGCGUCGCUGGCCUUGCAUCCCUAGACCCAACAAAUCGUCUUUCAAUUGAAUGCAUACGAAGAGAAGUCCAGAUACGGUGAUAUUCAUGGGUACACACCAUUGCGGUUCUCUUUUUCCAAGAGACCUUUGAUUCCAAUUCUUCUUACUCACUUGGUAUUGCUCCUUCGACGGUGGUGAUUCCAGGUUGAGAGAUAGGGUUUCGUAAACGAAUGGAGAAUGGGGAGUAGGUUGAGAUUGGGGAUUUUUUUGGCCAACGAGAGAAUCUCUGUAUUUGUUGGGGAGAUGGCGUUGCUUCCUGCCGCUACUUGAUUUCUUGCAGAUCUGCUGAGGAAGCUCGAUCUGGAGCGACGGCGGCUGUGGACGGCGAUUGAACUUUCUUCCGUCCAAUGAUGGCUAGGGACAGUGAGCGGUUGCUGGUUGCCUCGACGAUUUGGAGCUUUUGUCACUGUGGAGAGGAACGACAACUAUCUGGUGGUGAUGACUAAUGGCGAUGAUGGGGUAGGAGGAGAGGUCGAUGGGAUUCCAUCUCUGAAGCGGCGGCCGAGGGUACUGGGAAGGGAAGGGGAAAGAAGAGAGAGUAGAUCAAAAAUAAAUAAACAAUUUUUUA